AUGGGGCGAAGUGAGGAUCUAGUUGCCUCCUUCUGGCUCGUUGGCAUCGGUGUCAUCGGUGGCAGCGUCCGAGGUCCAGAGGUUUCUGUCGUCUCCGGAAGCGACCUCAGCGAGAUAACGGUAGUAGUCUCCCUUCAUCUUGAGGUAGAACACCUUGGACUCAGCAGCUCCAGCCUUUGGGAUGAGGAACUUGUCGAGCAAGUUGAGAACGUCUUGGCAGAUGUCGCGGAGCUCCUUCUCGACCUUCUCGCGGUAUUCCUUAGCCAUUUGUUGCUUCUUCUCAGAUCCCUCGGUCUUUUGCUCAAUGGAAGAGAUGACUCUCCACGAUGA